UAUGGUCGCGCGCUGUUUCACCCGCGAAAAUUUUACAGAAAUCCACUGCCUGCACCGGAAAUUUCUGCAAAGGAAGAUGAAAAGAAAAAAAGACGAAGAAAUUGGCAUGAUGGGGAGGUGCACUGCCUGUGCCACUAUGUUCAAAGGCACAAAUCUGUGCUUUUUGGCAAGGCUGGCCAUGCCAGCGUUCCGGUGGAGAAAAGAAAAAAAAAGUACUGGAAAAAGGCAACGGCAGUACUUAGGGCCAAUGGCUACCAGAGGGAGGAGGAGGAGGUCGUCCGGAAGUGGGCUGACCUCAAGCAAAGAGCCUUAAAAUAUAAGGCCCAGCGAAACAUGACAGGUGGGGGCAGCCUUGAAGUCCGGCCCACGUUAGAGGCUGUUCUGGAGGUUCUCGCAAGAGAAACGGUGCAGGGGGUAGUCGGGUCCUCCGACGAAGCAGGCUUUAGCUCGUCCCAAGACACAAUAGAUGGAGACAAUGAGGCUUGCCUGCUGUUCAGCAGCAUGGCUGCAGGAGCGUGUUCACGCAUCCCUGAUCGUGUCAAGACAACCUCCACUGUCGUCAACACAACAACCACUGUCGUCAACACAACAACCACUGUCGUCAACACCGCCACCGCUGCUGUCAACACCUCCACUGCUGCCACAACCACUACCACAACUGCAAUACCUGCUGCAACCACCUCCGCCUCCACCACCAAGACCCCUCAAAGAAAACUUUCCUCAACUGACCAGCUUGUAGAGCUGGAGAAGGAGAGGAUUCGACUGCUUGAGAAACAAGUUUCCCUCUCUGCAGAGCGAAACUUGUUUCUCAGUAGAAUUGCAAAUGCCUUAGAGGCCAUUGAAAAAAAUGGCAUUCAGUCAUUGGGAAUGAUUGAAUUUUAAGGCAUUUGCAAUGUGUAUUUCAUGUGAUGUCCACCUUGGCAACAACGAGCUGAAACUUCAGCUUGUUGGUAUCAAGAUGGACUUUUCAUGAAUAUACUCUACAUGAAGGAAACCAUACUCUGUUGAUGAUUGUUUUUAAUUUGUUUAUCUCUUACGUUCUUUACCUAAUAUUUUCAAGUAACCUUUAAAAAAAUCCUAGUUAUUCCACAGUGCACAUAUUGAGAGAAGAAAAAUUUGGUACACAAAAUGUCGAUGGCCAAUGAGAGAGGCAUAUUAACCAUUGGAUAGGGCAUGAAUAUGGCAUUUUAUUGACUUAAGCUGGGUUUAUUCCACAAAAAAUACAUAAUAUUGGAGAUACAUGUUCAUGUUUCUUUAAAAAAAAUUAUUGCAAACCAACAAUUUAGAGAUAAUUAAGCUUUUGGUUCCUGAUCUGCUUCUCAUUUCACUGUGGAUGCUAUUUUUGCCCAAACUAGUUACAUUCACUCUGAAUGCAGUAACGAGGAGACAUUGUCUUCUGCGAUUCAUGUACAAGUAUGGUUUUCUUCACGUCGAAUCUUCUCCUUCAAUAUGUAAAUGACAUCCAUGUCAAUUGAAAGGCCAAGUCCAUUACAACAAAAAGUAAAGUUAAGCACGAUACUGAAAGUUUGUUCACAAUUAAAUGGAACAUAGGAAAGUUACUACAUUUAUUUAUGUUUUCAAAGUGCAGUAAUAUGCAAUUCGUCUUCAGAAUAGAAAUAUAAAGUCACUGCUACUACCAUCAACAGCAACUUCCAGAUAAAAAAAAUGUAUAUUAUUUUAAUGUUCAGGUGGAAAAUGAAAGAAGUAGUACUAGAGGAAUGCAACUACUGUUUUGAAGGUAAAUAGGUUUCUGAGGAAGAGGCUGACCUUAACAAACCGUUUGAAUGUGAUUUUGAUGGAAUGUUCAGUAUCAUAAAUGCUUGAUUUGUUUUUUGUUUUUUAGUAAACUUUUUCAGAGUGGACUUGGCCUUUACUAAACAUAACAAUUUGCUUUUCAAAAUGUUUUUUAAAACAAUUAUUCCUGACAAUAAAAUCAACCUUACCAUAGGUGUGUUUCAUUCCUAACAAUUAUUGCAAGCAACACUUCUUUUCAACUUGGUAUCGUAUUUGAACAAAAAUGUGUACAGGUACAGAAUUGAAAUUUUGCCGCAUUUGCUGGAAAAGUUUGCAUGAAAGUAAAAUCAAACUUAACAAAGGAAGAGAUCCAUUAUAAAGGAUACUUAUUCUACAGAGCAUACAUUCCUUUAAAAAAAGGAACAAGAGAUUUUGGCCAUGGAAAAAAAGACAACUUGAAUAACUAAUAUAUAAUUACAUUGAUGUACAUGUAAAUUCAAUGUUGAUUGAAAGUCUAAAAACCUUCAAGAUAGUAUUUUUUAAUGGUAUAAAAAUCCAGCAAUACCAGCACAUCAAUAGUAUAUUGAUGCUCACCCUGUUCAAACAUUUCAAUGUUGCUAAUUAUCAACACUUGCUGAGGUUGAGAUUUGACAUGAAAGGGCAUUUUAACUCGAACAAUCACUUUGAAAGAUGCGUUAGAUUGUGUAAAGAAUAUAAAAAACCCAAAUCAUUCCCAUUCUCAAGACACUUGAUUUUUAAACGCAAUGGUAGAUUCCCUUGCAUUGUUGUAUAUGAAAAUAAUAACAUGACAACUCAGUAUGUUUUACAUAUGUUAAUGUCUUGCCAUAAUACGAACCUUUUAAAAUGCUCAGUAUGUUUUAUAUACAGUAGUAUAUGAAUGUCUUGCCAUAGUUGGAACAUUAUUUAAAAUUGUGUUCUUAAAAUCUUCACCACAAAAACAGUGUGUGCCAUUUUGAUGCAUAUUAAACA